AUGUUGGACGACCACAAUGAGUUAGUACAGACAUUCAGACGAGUUCGACAACAAUUGCAAGACAGCAGUACGCCGAAUCUAAAGCUGCGAAUAUUUGGAGCCAAAAGUAGGAAUAGACAGUAUGACCUGCCAGUAAGUUCUGAGAUUGCUGCACUAAUUCCGGGUGAUUUUGUUCCAGACAGAGAUGAUCAAGACAUCAUUGUUGAUCAUGUUCAUGAAGGGCUGAAGCGGAUCACAAGCUUGAAUCCAAAAUUCGAUGCGCUACACUUUCCUCUUUUGUUUCCGUACGGAGAAGAUGGCUAUCAUCCGUUGAUAAAGUAUAGAGCAGAUAGAUGCUCGGCUUCAAUGCGAAGACAGUUUGUGACGCAACGAGAGUAUUAUGCAUACAGGCUACAAUAUAGGGAAGCUGAGGGACACACGUUGGUGCAAGCUGGGAAAGCAUUGCAACACUAUUGUAUCGAUGCCUACUCUUCAGUGGAGCUCAAUCGACUAGCUUUUUUGAGAACACACCAGACAGAAUUGAGAGCAGAAGUGUAUCAGGGUCUGCAGGAUGCCAUGGCACGAGGUGACCUUGAUGGGGACAAAGUGGGACACGUUGUGCUUCCGGGAACUUACAUUGGCAGCCCGCGAUAUAUGCAGCAGCUGUACCACGAUGCUAUGGCAGUUGUGGAGUUUUUGGGCAAUCCUGAUCUAUUCAUCACAUUCACGUGCAACGCAUUGUGGGAUGAAAUUUCACAGUCUUUCGACACAAUUGUUGGUUCGCAUGUUGUGGAUAAACCAAUGGUCGUCUCGAGAGUCUUCCAUAUGAAAUUGAAUAUUUUGAUUGACGACAUAAAGAGAGAGUCUUACUUUGGAAAGACGAUUGCAACAGAAAUUCCAGACCCACAACUCGACCCGGUGGGAUACGAAGCAGUUGUUAAGUAUAUGCUCCAUGGUCCAUGCGGCGAGUCAAAUACAACAGCACCGUGUAUGAAAGAUAAAAAGUUAAAUUCCAACAAGAAAUGUGGCAAGCAUUUCCCAAAGGAAUUCAAUUCAGCCACCAGUUUUGAUAAAUUUGGAAACGUUGUCUACAAGAGAUCGAACUCUGGGAUUCAUGUGCAGAAGAAAAAUGGCGUUCUUGAUAAUAGACAUGUCGUGCCCUACAAUCGAAAUCUCUUGGUCCGGUUGCAAGCGCAUAUCAAUGUCGAGGUGUGUCACAAGGGCAAGCUAAUCAAGUACCUUUUUAAAUAUGUUACGAAAGGACCAGAUCGAUCUUUGAUCAUUGCAGAGGAAUCAAGCACAUCAAUGGCAGUUCCAACGACACAGUCCGGAAAAAACAGAGAUGAAAUUCAGCAAUUCAUUGAUUGCAGAUCCUUGUCAUCAUAUGAGGCAAUAUGGAGGCUCAACGAAUAUCCGAUCCACUUUAGAGAACCAUCAGUGGUUCGCUUGGGGGUGCAUUUGGAUGGCCAGCAGAAGGUUCCGUACAGAAAACAGUCAAGUGUUAGCAAUGUUCUGAAAAAUCCUAAUGCUGGAAAGACACAUUUGACUGAAUGGUUUGUGCUAAAUCAAAAGGAUCCAGAAGCAAGGAACUUGACGUACUCACAGAUACCAACUAAAUAUACAUGGUUGGAAGACUGCAAAGAGUGGUCCCCACGCAAGAGAAACUUUGCAAUUGGUAGAGUUGCAUACGUACCACCAGGCAGCGGUGAUGUAUUUUUUCUUAGAAUUCUGUUGACAAAAGUUCGUGGAGCCACUAGCUAUGUUAAUCUAAGGACUGUUGAGGGAGAGAUCUGUGCAGAUUAUGAAAAGGCCUGUGAGAAGUUGGGGCUCUUGGCUGAUUCGUCAGAGUGGAUAAGAGUGCUCAACGAGAUUUCUGGUGCUAGCAUGCCAAACGUUAUUCGGAAUACCUUUGUGUCAAUGUUGAUGUUUUGUGAAAUACCCAACCCUUCUGCUCUAUUUCAGGCCACUUGGCGUUACAUGGGAGAUGAUUAUGCAUAUCAAGUAGACAAAGGCGGUAGAUCAGGAGAACCCAAAUUGUCAGAUGAGAGAUUGCAAAACUGGGUUCUGCGUCAGCUUCAGCAAUUGCUCGGUUCACACUCAGCAUCUUUGGAAGAUUUCAAUCUCCCUGUUCCACAUGAUAUGGUUUCCGAUGAUGGCACCAAUCCAUUGAUCAAUGAUCACCUAAAUUUUGAAGUUGAUCAACAACAAGCAUUGUGUGCAUCUCUGUUGGAAUCUUUGAACAAAGAACAGCUCCACAUAUAUUCAGCGGUCAUAAAUUCAGUCCACAACAACAAGGGCUGUCCAUUCUUCUUGUAUGGCCACGGAGGUACAGGAAAGACAUAUCUGUACAACGCAAUCACAGCAAAGCUCAGAAGUUUAUCAAAGAUUGUUGUUCUGGUUGCUUCUUCAGGAAUUGCUGCGACUCUUCUGCCAAAGGCCACUACAGCACAUUCAAGAUUCAAAAUACCCCUUACUCUGGACAUGACGUCGACAUGCCCGAUAAAAAAAGGAACACAUCUGGCUGAGUUGUUGAGAGAAGCUUCUUUGAUAAUUUGGGAUGAAGCACCGAUGACCCAUCGUCAAGCCUUUGAAGCUGUUGAUCGAAGUUUAUGUGACAUUAUGAACAUUCCACUGAGAGGGCAGCGUUAUAGACCAUUUGGUGGUAAAACAGUGUUGUUUGGGGGUGAUUUUCGACAAACCCUUCCAGUGAUAACAGAGGCUGGUCGUGAACAAACCGUGGAUGGAUCAUUAACUCGAUCACAUCUGUGGAAGUCUUUCACACUCUUGAGGCUACAUAGAAAUAUGAGAAUAAACGUAUCUUUGCCUGGAGAAGAGGAUUCCCUUAAUGGAUACACAUUCCCCGCCUGGGUGCUGGCUUUGGGGGAUGGGAGACUCAAAGCAAAAUCAUUCAAAAAAGAUACCCCGACAGAUUGGGUGCAGAUUCCACCAAUGUUUCUGAUAGCACAUGAAGGUGACCCUACUGAAGCCAUUGUGGACGAUGUUUAUGAUUCAUUUGUUGCAAACUAUGAUCAGCCGGCUUAUCUUUCAAACAGAGCAAUCAUCACUCCAACAAAUGCAAAGGUAUCCGAAAUCAAUGAAUACAUGUUACAAUUAGUCCCAGGAGAUUCGAAAGCAUAUUAUAGCUCGGACUCAUUGUUGCAGUCAACAGAAACUGCUGAUGCUUUUGAUCAGUGCUAUCCUGUUGAAUUCCUGAACACUCUGAAAUUCAAUGGAGUGCCUGACCACGAGCUGGUACUCAAAAACAACACUCCAGUGAUGUUGCUUCGGAACCUGAAUCCUGCCCUUGGCCUAUGCAACGGGACGAGGAUUAUGAUCACAAUGUUGGGAAAUGAUAUCAUAAAAGGAAAUAUCAUGGGUGGGACUCACGACACGGAUGAGGUGAUCGUUCCAAGGAUUGUGCUCAACAUAGAGAGCCCCAAGUGGCCAUUCAUAUUGAAAAGACGCCAGUUUCCAGUUCGUUUGUGCUAUGGAAUGACGAUUAACAAAAGUCAAGGUCAGACACUUGACAAAGUGGGAAUUUACCUACCUGAACCUGUCUUCAGCCACGGCCAGCUCUACGUGGCAGUCUCAAGAGUGAAAUCGGCCAGGGGAUUGCGCAUCCUGAUAAACAACCCAGAGGACAUCCCACAUGAUCACACAAGAAACAUAGUAUUCAGGGAAGCGUUUGCUGAUAUAAUGACUGAUUGA